UUUAUUUUCUGUUGAGUUUCCAAACUCUGUGUUUACAGUUGUUUGUUUACUGCUUGUUUUUUUCGUAGUAGUUAGUGCAUUUUUUAUUUAAUUGCUUAAAAUUAGUAGUAGAUUUUUACAAAAAUCAUAAUAAAUAAUGACUUGUGAAAAAUUAAGUAACGCGGAGGAGAUGGAAAUUGAAGAAUCUCCGUGUUCGACGGCAAAAUUGGAUGUGACUGACAUGCCAUCGAAAAAAGCAAGAGUUUCCAAUUGUGAUGUGUUUUUUCUUGUUAUGCCAAUAAUUACCCACAUUAUUGACAUUAUUUCUGAUAUUAAUGUCGCUCGGCAUUAUAUUGUCAUUAAUGAGUACAGUUAUUUUGCGAGCACAAUUAUUGUUAUCUUAGUUCCAUCUCUCAUAAACAAUGCCGUUAGCUAUAGAAUGCGUCAACAAGAUCGAGAGAAACUUUUGGAAACUUCCUCGGAGGAGAAACGACCUUGGAAUUGUUCGCGAAUAUUUGGAACAAUAUCGUCAAUAAUAUUCCAAGUUGCUCCAUUGAGACGUUAUUGGACUGCCUUGAGAUAUGGUUUGGCAUCGAGAAAAUGUCAAAAAUCAGAAGACACUGCUGGACAAAAGCAGAAUUAUUUGAGAAUGGUUAAGGAAAAUGAGGACAUUGCACUGAUAACGAUUUUAGAAUGUUUUUUGGAAACGGCACCUCAACAAGUGCUACAGUGUGCAAUUAUUUUGACAAACUACCAAGGCCAAUUCUCAAUUACUUUGAUACAUCAAAUUUUAUGCAUUGUGAGUUCUUUCAUUAGCAUGGGAUGGUCAAUGGCAUCUUAUAAUUGCAGUAUUCGUUUAGCUCAGAAUGAUAAGUUGAAUAUUGGAAAUACUGGAACUGUUUUACAAUUUUUGUGGCAUCUUUUGAUUACAGUUUCAAGAAUCAUAACAUUUGCGACAACAUUGAUGUUGUCAACAGUGUGCACGAUAAUUUUCAUUGUUGUCCAUUGGUUUUCGAUGACAAUGUGGAUAAUCAAGGAUUCUCAUGGCACAACGGAAUUUUGCAGAAAUCGUGAGAAACCACCACACGCAAAUCUAUCUCUAAUUGAACGUUUUAAUUCAACAUGUUUUUCAUUUUUAUUUGGUUUCGUUUACAAUUUUGCGUACGUAAAUUUUGACGAGAGCAGUACGUACAUGAGACAUUUUAUUUAUUAUACCGUAUGUAUUAUCGAGAAUAUGAUAGUCUGCGUGCUUUUCAUUUUAACACCAUCACAGAGAACAAUUUGUUUCUGUUUAAAUGGUAUUUGCUAUAAUUGCGUUCUUCCAAUUUUAUGUCUUCUUCCAUAUGUUAUCGGUGUUGCGAUAAUGAUCACUUACUAUCUCUUCUUUCAUCCUUCAAGACGACAAAAGGUUUUAAGGGAACCUUAGACUUUUCGUUUAUAGUUAAUCCAACGAUGCUAUAUUGAAUAUUUUAUUGCAUAGAGUUUUUACUACACAAGCAGAGUUGCCACAGGUCAGGGAAAUCAAGGAAAGAAAUUUAAUUAUGUUUCGAAAUUUUUUGUUUUUAAAUUCGAGACAAAUUUUCAAUUAUCUUUAUAAAUAAUACAAUUUUAUAAAUUUCUGUGAA